AAAUAAUUCUCUUAAAUAAUAAAUAAGCUUAAAUUAAAACAGUAGUCUAUGACGAAAUAGAACUAAAAUACUCAAGUAAACACACUAUUGUCUACGUAAUAUCUACGUAAAAGGUCAAAUACGAUAACAAAUCUUCAAGUAAACCCAAGUAUUAACAAGUUACUAUCUAUAAAAGGUUAUAUAAAGGACACUUGUACAAAACAUCAAAAAUACUUAGUUGCUGUAUGAUAUCUGACGACACAGUGAUCAUAAACUUGUGCUGAAAGACGGGCAUAAAGUGUCAUCUUAACUUUUACCCAGUAUAAUCAGUGUUUGUUUUGAAAAGUCCAUUACCAUGGCCGUUCCUGAAGGUGCUGCAGUCUUGAGGACCUAUAAAUACAGAUCUCCAUUAAGUACCAGAUAUGCCAGCGACGAAAUGCAAUACAAUUUCAGUGAUCACAAUAAAUUUUCCAUGUGGAGAAAACUAUGGGUGAACCUAGCAAAAGCAGAACAAGAACAAGGUUUACAAAUUACAGAUGAACAGAUCAGAGAAAUGCAAAAUAAUGUAACUGAUAUCGAUUUUGAAGAAGCGGAAGCAGAAGAAAAAUUAACCAGACAUGAUGUGAUGGCCCAUGUUCACGUAUUCGCAAAGCAGUGCCCACUAGCAGCUCCGAUUAUCCACUUAGGAGCUACAUCUUGUUUCGUUGGAGAUAAUACAGAUUUAAUAGUUAUCAGAGAUGGUCUAAAUAUCCUGAUUCCAAAGCUAGCCAAUGUAAUAAACAAUCUUGCCCGUUUUGCCAAUAUGUACAAAGAUUUGCCUACGUUAGGUUAUACACAUCUCCAACCUGCCCAGUUAACUACCGUUGGUAAAAGAGCUACACUUUGGCUUUAUGAUUUUCUUAUGGAUGAAGUAGCCAUGGAUAGAGCAAUAAAUGAUCUACGUUUUAGAGGUGUUAAAGGCACUACAGGUACGCAAGCUUCUUUUAUGCAAUUAUUUAAAAACGAUAGUGAAAGAGUUAGAGCCCUAGAUAGAAGAGUUGCUGAAUUAUGUGGAUUUGAAAGAACAUACCCUGUUACUGGGCAAACUUAUUCAAGAAAAGUUGAUGUAGAGCUGGUAUCUAUGUUGGCAUCACUUGGUACUUCCAUUCACAAGAUGUGUAGUGAUCUUCGAUUGUUGGCCAAUUUUAAGGAAAUUGAAGAACCAUUUGAAUCUAGCCAAAUUGGAAGUUCAGCUAUGCCUUACAAAAGAAAUCCUAUGAGAUCCGAGAGGUGUUGUGCAUUGGCUAGACAUUUAAUAACCUUGUUUUCCAAUGCUGCUAAUACCCAUGCUGGUCAGUGGUUAGAAAGAACUUUAGAUGAUUCUGCUAACAAAAGAUUAACCCUUUCCGAAGCAUUCUUGACAGCAGAUGCAGCUUUGAUGGUUUUGAUGAAUAUUACCCAAGGACUUGUCGUUUACCCUAAAGUGAUACAAAAAAGAAUAAACCAAGAACUUCCAUUUAUGUCAGCUGAAAACAUAAUUAUGGCAAUGGUAAAGAAAGGUGGAGAUAGACAGAUAUGCCAUGAAAAAAUCAGAGUCCUUUCACAUGAAGCUGGAGCACAAGUCAAGCAGUUUGGAAAAGACAAUGAUUUUCUUGACAGGGUAAGAGCAGAUCCAUAUUUUAAACCAAUAGUACCUGAACUACAAUCUCUUCUUGACCCUUCCACCUAUAUUGGUAGAGCUUCUGAACAAGUCACUGAAUUUUUAAAUGACGAAGUUAAUCCUAUUUUGUCAAAACAUUUAAAAUAUAUUUACGAAGCUACUCCUGUUAAUCUAAAUCUUUAAAUAUGAUUUUUAUAUGUAUUUUUCUGUUGUAAUGUAUCUUCCAAAGAGUUUUUGUAUAUUUUUGUAAGAAAAAAUACAUAUUUAAGGAGUUUGCAUUUACUUGUUCACUAAAUAAGGUUCCGUUUGUACUUUUCUUUUGUAACGGAGCUUGUAAAGCGUUUUUGUAUAUUUUUGUUUGAGAAUCUGUAUUUAAGUAGUUUGAGUUGACUUUGAUCACUUGUCAUUAUUUAUACUUUUCUUUUGCAACAUGUGGUACAAAUAUGUUCGUAUAUUUUUGUCCGAAAAUACAAGAAAUAAUUUAUUAACAAAACUAUUUGUAUAUUUUGGUUUGAAAAUACAAGAAAUAACUUCUGAAA